CUCACUGGGACUUUGUGAAAACGAACACUUUUUCUCUAUCUAUAUAUACAAGUCUAUUCCCACUCAUUGAACCUUAUCAUCUCUCUCUUACCUUACCAAAAGUCAGCGCCUUCUUUUGUCUCUCUCUCUCUCUCUCUCUCAGCAGCACAAGGUACAGAGAUUGCAGAGUUUGUCUCUACGGUUAUGGAGGAAGAUUGGGAUCUCCAUGCGGUGGUUAGAGGCUGCUCCACCGUUACCUCCACCAACUCCACCACCACCAGCACUACCGCAUCAUUCUCUGUGUCUUCCUCUGGUUUUGGCACUUGUUACUUGCAGCCUGAAGCUUCCUCUUGUGGGUUCUCUAUCUUUGAUGGUGAACAAGCAAGCCAAGUUUUGUCACUUUCUGCACACCCCUUUGAAGCAAGAAGCUCCAUUGAAGAGUUGCAUGAGCUUUGCAAGCCUUUCUUCACCAAAUCACAGUCUCUCUCAUUGCAAAUUCCUAACUUGUCCUCAUUGUCUUACUCCUCUGUAACAACACCCAAAUCAGCUCAAACACAAGAGAAACAACAACAGCAGCGGAAUAAGCAGCCACACUCAGCUGGUUCUCUCACCACCCCACGAUCUAAAAGAAGGAAGAACCAGCUUAAGAAAGUUUGUCAAGUGCCAGUUGAGAAUCUCUCAUCAGAUAUAUGGGCAUGGAGGAAAUAUGGACAAAAACCAAUUAAAGGGUCACCAUAUCCAAGAGGAUACUAUAGAUGUAGCAGUUCAAAAGGAUGCUUAGCAAGGAAACAAGUUGAGAGAAACAGAUCAGACCCAACAAUGUUCAUAGUUACCUAUACAGCUGAACAUAACCACCCUGCUCCUACUCACCGAAACUCUCUUGCUGGAUCCACACGCCAGAAGCCAUUGACACCUCAAACUGCCACCAACGGAGACUCUGACAAGGCCUUGACAAAACCCUCUUCUCCGGCGACCUCAGGGGCGGAGGAUGAGGUUCCAACUCAGGGAGAAAAGUCAGAGAGCAGGGAAGAGAAGGAAGAUGUGAUGGAUGAUGAGGAAGAAGAUGAAUUUGGUUUAUCUGAUAUGGUUCUAACAGAUGAUUUCUUUGAAAGUUUAGAUGAACUGAGUCAACUCAAUGCCUCUUCUGCAGUCACUGGAGACUGCUUCACUGAUCCCUUUUCAGCUAUUGCAAUACCUUCUUGGGUGGCUAAUAGUGCUGCCACUGCUGCUAGCGGUAGCUGACUCAUUUGGGGGAAAACAUCACACAACAAAGUGAACAAUUUGUUUCAUGCUUUUUCAUUGCUGAGAAUAGGAAGCCCCCCUUUUUUUUCUUUCUUCUUUUUGUUUGUAUAUGCAAAUGGAACAUUUUGGAGGAAUCUUUACUGACAAUGCUCUUGUGAAGGGGAAGAAAAGUUCUUCCCAAGGACAGUAGCAACUAGUUAGGUAGAUUGAGCAUUUUUAUCUCUUGUUUAAAAAUCAAUGAUUAUUAGGCAUUCAUGGUUUCAUAGUUCUGUUAAUGUAAAAUCAAUUUAUUUCAGCAGCUAUUAAGAUAUU